ACUGAGAACCUGCAGACUUUACUGUUGUGAAAACUACCAGUUGAGUGCAGCCAUUCAAUGAAGCUCCUGGUGCUCGUGCUGAACAUAAACACAGAUGAACACUGAAACGGAAGAUGAUUUUUAUCAGUCAGACGACAACUUUGAUGAUGAUGAAGAUGAGGCAACCCAAUACAUAAUAGAGCAAAGCCUUAUCCAAUACAGGAAACUCAAAGGGCUUAAUCCAAGUGAUCUGAAAGCAGGUGAAGAUCCACAUGAGAUCUACAAAGCUAUCAAAGAGGGUGAUGAAGACUCUCUGAUAAGACUGACCAUCCAACCUGAGACACUGUGUAAAGUGGAUGAGCGUGGAUGGAUUCCACUACAUGAAGCAGCAGUGCAGAACAACAAACACAUCCUUGAGAUCAUCUUUUCAGCGUCGCCCCCUGGUGCUGCACAAUGUCGAACCCUGAAGGGUGAGACGUCACUGUUUUUGGCCAUUGUCCAUGGACUCAGGGAGAAUGCCACAUUCCUCCUACAGAAUGGCAGUAGCCCAGACACCCAGAAUGAUGAGCAGGACUCUCCUUUAGUCGCUGCUAUUUUGAAUGAUCAGUACGACUUGGCCACUCUGCUUCUACGUUAUAAUGCCAAUGUUGAUCAGACUGGGCCACUGAACCGGACAGCUCUUCAUGAGUCUGCAUUUCUAGGCCUGGAGAACUUUGUCUAUCUGCUUCUGGAGUCUGGGGCCAAUCCAAAUGCAUGUGACAUAAAACAGAAAACUCCUCUUGCCCUGGCUACUCAAAACGGGCAUCUUAAUGUGGUAGAAGUUCUACUACAGAAAGGAGCUAAUGUAAAAUGUGAAUCAGAGUCAGGCACCGUUUUGUUUGAUGCGGCUGCCUCGGGAAAUCCUGACAUCAUAUCCCUGUUGUUGGAUCAUGGAGCAGAUCCUAACCGACCUCUCUACAGCGGACACCUGCCCAUACAUCGUGUGGCCUACCAUGGACACAUACUAGCUCUGGAUAAGCUGAUCCCAGUGACAGACCUGUAUGCAGUCAAGGACAGUGGCAUGAGUCCUCUCCACUCUGCAGCUGCUGGAGGACAUGCUCACUGUGUAGACCUGCUGCUCAAAGCUGGCUAUGAUCCAAACUUCAUGCUCCACCCACGAGUCCGCCGCAACUAUGACGACGAACGGAGAUCUGCUCUCUUCUUUGCCGUGUCCAACAGUGACCUCCAGUGCAGUCGCCUGUUGCUCGAGGCUGGAGCUAUGGUAAACCAGGAUCCAGUGAACUGCUUACAGGUGGCUCUUCGACAGGGCAACUAUGAAAUGAUCAACAUUUUGUUAAAGUUUGGGGCAAAUGUGAACUACUACUCAAGGAUAAACACAACACACUUCCCCUCUGCUCUUCAGUACGCUUUAAAAGAUGAGAUUAUGCUUAGGAUGAUUCUGAACCAUGGUUAUGAUGUUAAACGCUGCUUUGACUGUCCAUAUGGUGACAGCUCCCAUGAUUAUGCACCAUGGGCAUCUGCUGUCAUAAAAGACAUGGUGUUCUGUGAAGUAAUAACUGUAUCCUGGUUAAGACACCUGUCUGGUCAGGUUGUGCGCAUCAUGCUUGACUACACUGACAAUGUGUCUUUUUGCACUAAGCUCAAAGACACCUUACAAGACCAGAAGCAGUGGCCAGAAAUUUGUGACAUUAAAAGAAACGCGAGAAGUCUGAAGCAUCUGUGCCGGUUACAUAUACGACAGCAUCUCAGCCGCCUUCGCUUGAGAGCUCCAUAUUUUAUAAAUUUCCUUCCACUUCCUCCAAGGCUGAAAGACUAUCUGCGUUACAAGGAGUAUGAUGUCUACAACAGAGGGAUCAUGGGAGCCACAUAGGCUCUAAGCAUAUCUGAGGAAAUAAUAAAUAUGUU